CUCCGAAGUCUUUUCCAUUUGACUCACCGGUCGGCGCUGCUUCGAAAUGGACCGUGGAAGUCCGCAGUGCAUUGUGGAGAAGCAUCUGGGCGGACCUGGAACUCAAGCUUGGGUUCGUAUUUGGAAUGACCACCUAUUUGUACACACAUACCAUCCUAAUCCUAUACCAUUUUGCCCAGUAUAUAUAGUCGUAUCAUCGAAUCUGGACCCACUGCGGAUGUUAAGCUCCGCCAGAUACCAACACUUUGAUCAAGAUGGGUGCCCACUGAGAUUUGCUGAGUCACGUUCGUUUCGGCAUUUUCGUUAAGGAAAACCAUGGAACACUUCCUCCCAUUCGAUCGGGAUGGGAAGGUCGACUCAGGUCGGCUUUUCUCACCCCGACGCGUGCGCGGGAAGGGGGGAGCUGGACCGAAGUCGUGGCGGUGUGGCCUUCGUGGACCCCGGAAGCCUUCCGUUUCUUCGUGGGACUCCAACCAGGUGCAGGAUGCGUACGCAGCGACGGCUGGGAGAAGCUUCGAAUGAUCCAGAAUCUGGGCCGAGCCUGGUGGAGUGUUCCACGAAAUCGCACCAGGUUUAAAAGAGCAUCAACUGCGCUUUCUGGGGUUCCCGCUUAUACGCCCCGUCCCCUCCGACGCACGUCACCGCCGUAGAUCCGUAGAUCGUCGUCGAUGCGUCGCCUCGUCCGAGCUCCCCAGGUGACGUGGUGGCGGCUCCGAUGGCACGACGCCCACGGGUGGAGGAAGUGUGUUUGCAGGACCUCCCCAAGCUCCAACCACGGGCAUCGCGGGAAGCCGCGGCCGACGCGGAUGCCGGCUCUUCACCUUUGCGGCACGGUGACGGGGCGUGGCGGCGCUCGCUGAAGGGCUUUCACGAGCGCUUCGUGGCCCAGGUGAAGCUCAGCCUUCGAGGAGCGGUUGAGGGGAUCGCACCUGUCGUGGUGUCCCAAGCGGCCAAGACGAGCUGGGACAGCAGCGAUCCAAUGACCACGGGCGCCACCCUUUGGGACGCUGCGUUGCUGCUCAGCGCCUACCUCUGUACGUCAACGCGCCCGCGCCUACGUGGCUCGCACGUCUUGGAGCUGGGCAGUGGCUGCGGUCUGGUGGGCUUGGUGGCAAAGCGCUUGGGAGCCGAGGUGACGCUCACCGACCUCCCAAGCUUGCUGCCCUUGCUGGAGGCCAAUGCGAACUGCAACGGCGCCGACGUGGACAUUCGGCCGCUCUUGUGGCAAGAGGCUGCCCAGAUGCGGUGGAUUCAAAACCACCGCUUCGACCUGGUCCUGACGCCUCGAGUGGGACAAACGCGAAGAUCGGAUGGAACGUCGAGUUCCAAAACGGAAACGGGAUGGACGUUCAAAGGGGAAGAGGGAUUGGAACAUCACUGGGUUUUAGGAAUGACUUGGUUUUUGUCUUCCCUUUGAAAAAGGACAAUUCUCCUCAUGAAGAAUUUCCGUGAUUUUUUCUCACCGAACGCUAGGGGCGUUACGUGGGUGGUUAUAUAUUGAUGUUAUUUGUCAUGAUUAGGUCUAUAGUUUCUAUAAAAGCUAAGAUGUAUCAUGGAGGACCACAACACGCAGGGCUCCGCAUGUGUUGACUUCCUUCACGUCGCAGCUAGACGAGUUGUGAAGUGGAAGGGGAAUGGGCAGCCCUGGGCAGAUGUAGACGGACAUAAGCCGAUGCAUCUGGAUAUUUUUUUGGAUGUGACCCUUCUGCCAAAGUGCAUGAUGUGGGUUUCAUUUGACAGCUUUUACCGCAAAUCCACCUCGAGCCGUGGCAAGCUUUGAUGAGUUGAGCUAUUGAUGAGUACACUCAGUCUAUCUACUGAUUGUUGGCUUUCAGUCCAUGUUUACUGCCCAUCGUACAUUUCGCAUCACAGGGUGCUGAGGCAUGAUGAGGUGAUGUAUGUGACAAGUCGCUCAUGUGAAGUAGCAAACUUCUAAGUGCGAAGCUCCAGCCAUAAGACAUGCUUCCCCAUAAAUGCCUAGUGCCCAACGACCUGACACUGUCGACUACUGAGGGAGGAAUAGGAUUGAUAGGAUUGGCCAUUGGUUGCGCUGUCCUUUUCCUCGGUUUUUCUUUACUUCUUCUCUUUGCUGCUAGUGAAAGCAGCCUUGUUUGAAGCCGGGAGGUCAAAAGGAGCCAGGGAAGGUCAUGAUGAGAAGGAGCAGGGCUAUGACGGGCUUCACUACUCAUGACACGAAAAAGUCUCCAAUAAUGACGUCUCUAGAGACAGGUGCGGUGGAAGAGGUGGCCAAGUAGCUUCUUGUUACUCGGUGGAAGAGAUGGCCACCUACUCCUGGUGGGUGCUUUUUCUUGGCCAAUUUGUGCAAUGAAACCCACCGCGUUAAGCAACGAGGAUGUCGGACCUCCUCUACCACGAGGAGCAGUUCGACCCGCUUUGGACCGUUCUGCAGGUGCUGACAGCGCAAGCCAAGCUGAAGCGGAGACGUGGCUCGGUUGGAGCGACAGUAAGUCUAUAACCCAGACACUCCAUGACAUGGAGUAGGUUCUCAAUUUGUGAACAUGCAGCGUAAGAUUUGCCUGCGUCUUCGGUCUUCUUCAACAUCCGUGGCGCGUAAGCUCACAUUGUGGUCGCGUAUGAAAAGCGUAAGGAGCGGAAGACAGUUACGACAUAGGGGUUUACUCAUACGUCUUUUGCAGAGCUCAUGGGACUGCCGUGCGUCGGACUGCCGCCCUAUAGACGGACGGACCCCCCAGUCAACCACCACCACCCCCACGCCCUUUUCUCGGCAGUCCGACGUGGCAGUCCGGCGGUCCGUGUCUGGGUAAGGAGACGACGAGCCAGACGUCUCACAGGUCGAAGACGAUGUGACGAUGGACAGGUGAUCGGCCCAGACUAGUAACUCAGGAACCAGGGGGGUUGAAGGUUCGGUCGAACUGGAUGUUGAGCUGGAACCCACGGAGCAGUUCUCAGACUCGAUGUUCCUGGUUGGCACUGGAUGUUUUGGGGUUCACCUCGGAGGCAGGCAGGGCAUUGCAUCAGACCACUCUGCGAAGCGUUUCGCGUACGGGGCGCACUCGAAGCAACUGGGUGUGUCCAGCAUGAAAUAGCCGACCAAGUGCUGCCUGUGUUCCCAGCUCCAUGAGACUGUGAGUCCUCCAGAUCCUCCAGGCCCCUCGACGCAGUUACCAACACGCCACCCCUCUUUCCGUGGCUUCCACGAUGCGUCGCGGCGUGGUGACGUUCGUGAGGCUUGAAAUUCCUUUGGUUCCAAGAACUUCACCAACCGGAACUUUGUGAACGCUUCCACCGUCAGUUGCGCCAGAGGGCUUGGCGCAUCCAACGCCUUGCAUCGGUGGCCGAUGACCUUGGCCAACCCUUGGUCCUCUGGCGCCUGCGCCCGCCGUUCCGCGCCCUUCGCCGCGCGGGAACCGCGCGCGGGAACCGCGCG